UAAAGGCUUUCUCUCCCAUCCAGCUUGUUUUUAGUCUCACCUUGCGAGGGACCCUUGCGAGCCAUGGCAGAGAGCUGUGAGUCCGGGCAAGGAGAGUACACGAAGGACGGCUCUGUUGAUCUAAAGGGCAACCCUGUCCUUAGAUCCAAAAGAGGAGGAUGGACUGCUUGCGGCUUUGUUGUGGUGUAUGAGGUGUUCGAGAGGAUGGCAUACUAUGGGAUAUCUUCAAAUUUGGUGAUCUAUCUAACCAACAAGCUCCACCAAGGGACCGUUGCAUCAUCAAAUAAUGUGACCAAUUGGGUGGGCACAGUGUGGAUGACCCCAAUUAUUGGUGCCUACGUUGCUGACGCCCACCUUGGCCGCUAUUGGACUUUCAUUAUAGCAUCCAUCAUCUAUCUCUCGGGGAUGUGUCUUCUCACCAUGGCGGUAUCACUGCACUCUCUAAGACCACCACCCUGUGGAGCUAACACCAGUGACCCCAACUGCAACCAAAAGGCGUCCUCGCUGCAACUGGGUGUGUUCUUCUGCGCGCUCUACAUCCUCGCCAUCGGCACCGGCGGAACCAAGCCUAACAUCUCGACCAUCGGCGCCGACCAGUUCGAUGAAUUCGAUCCCAAGGAGCGCACCCACAAGCUCUCCUUCUUCAACUGGUGGAUGUUCAGCAUCUUCUUCGGGACCCUCUUCGCUAACACCGUCCUCGUGUACAUCCAGGAUAAUGUCGGGUGGACCCUCGGCUACGCUCUCCCCACCCUCGGCCUCGCAAUCUCCAUCGCCAUCUUCGUAUCAGGCACUCCAUUCUACCGACACAAGCUACCAUCAGGCAGUCCCUUCACUAGAAUGGCCAGGGUUCUUGUAGCUGCAGCCAGGAAGUGGAGGGUUACCUUGCCUAAUGACCCCAAGGAGCUCCAUGAGUUGAAUUUGGAGGACUAUACUAAGAAGGGAAAGUUCCGAAUCGACUCCACGCAAAACUUAAGAUGCCUCAACAAAGCUGCCGUAAAGACUGGCCCAACAACACCAUGGAUACUCUGCUCGGUGACGCAAGUGGAGGAGACCAAACAGAUGCUAAAAAUGAUUCCGAUAUUGUUUGCAACCUUCAUCCCGAGCACGAUGGUCGCUCAGGUGAACACCCUCUUUGUCAAGCAAGGGAACACUCUUAAUCGGCACAUCGGCCCACACUUCCAAAUACCUCCUGCAAGCCUCGCAGCUUUUGUCACACUCUCGAUGCUCAUCUGUGUAGUGAUAUAUGACCGAUAUUUUGUCCCAAUAAUGAGGCGAUGGACCAAGAAUCCUAGGGGAAUUAGCCUCCUCCAGAGGAUGGGAGUCGGGCUUGUUCUGCAUAUCUUCAUCAUGAUGACUGCUUCGCUAAUAGAACGGCAUAGGUUGAGUGUUGCCAGAGAGCAUGGUUUAGUAGCGAAUGGGGGAAAAGUGCCACUCACCAUCUUUAUAUUACUGCCUCAAUUUGUGCUCAUGGGGGUGGCUGAUGCUUUCUUCGAAGUGGCCAAGAUAGAGUUCUUCUAUGACCAGGCUCCAGAGGGGAUGAAGAGCCUGGGAACAUCUUAUGCCAUGACUAGCUUGGGGGUAGGGAACUUCCUCAGUAGUUUCCUUCUAUCAACUGUGUCCCACAUCACCGAGAAGCAUGGCCACAAAGGUUGGAUCCUCAACAACCUUAACGCCUCUCAUUUGAACUACUACUAUGCCUUCUUUGCCGCCCUCAACUUCCUGAAUUUUAUCUUCUUCCUCCUCGUGUGCCGGUUUUUUGUUUAUCGGGCUGAGAUCUCCGAGUUGGACACCACCCUCGGGGAGGAGGAGGCAUUGCAAAUGCCCACCUUAAGGAAUCACACGCAUGAGUUGGAUUCAAAUAGUUAGAUCAGUAUGGGUGAUCUGGGCAUAAGCUUUAAAUUGUUAUAACCAUAAGCAUAAAAUGAACAUGAUGCAGUCCAUGAUUGAGAUCUUAUGGUAAACAGAACAGAUAUACUAACGGGUUAUUAAUUGCAUGGAAGCAACAGUUAGGAUGUUGAUUUUGAUGGACUAUGGUUUCACCAGUGUAAAACAUUUUGGCAACUUUCAAAGUCUGAAGAAUGGAUUCCCUUUUACUCAAAGAAGAAGAAGAA